AUGGCUUCCUCUUCACAAAUUUGCGAGGAGAAAGGAAAUAUGGUCAAAGAGAACAAUUUGUCAACGAAAAUCAUAACUGGAAAGGAAGUGCGAAUUUUAGACUCGAAUGUUUUAGUCGAAGAAACUGAGGAGGCUGUUGUCUGGGAGGAGGAUGGCGUGGCGGAAGAUGAGGAGAGAGUAGAACUGAGACUAGUGGGUAAAAUCUGGACAGAUAGACACAUAAAUGUGAGCGCCUUCAUGAACACGGUUAGAACCAUAUGGCAGCCUAAACAUGGCCUCGAUAUAAGCAGCAGUGGGAAGAAUCUCUUCGCUUUUCAGUUUUAUCACUGGAAGGAUAAGCAGCGUGUUAUUGAAGGCCAACCCUGGCAUUUCGAUAGACAUGUGCUGGUUCUAGGAGAAAUCGAAGGGAACAAAAAACCUUCGGAGAUGGAAUUACAUGAGUUUCCAAUGUGGGUUAGGGUUUAUAACCUACCUUUCAAAGGGAGAUUGAAUAAUGCGAAUGUGGAGGCAGUGGGAAAUAAAAUUGGAUCCUACAUCAAAAUGGAUAGUUCGGGUUCAAUUGGGAUUGAUAAGUUUGUUAGAAUGAGAAUUAUGAUUGAUGCUCGAAAGCCUUUGCUUCAGAAAGUUAAAAUCACAACGCGUGGGGGGAGUGAAGAGUUUUUUGAUGUUAAGUGA